UACCCGACUCCACGUCAUUUCAAUGUGUCUGGGCCAGUUAUCUCUCUUUGACCAUCUGUUCCUACUUGGUACUAUGACACUACGUUAUCUUUAUACAGUGAUACAAUAGAUUCCAAUAGGCUAAGCUAGUAUCUUCUAUAAUAUAGGCGUGAUCCUAAAGUAAACAUUGCGCUGAAAUGUACUAUAUUUAAGUUCUUGUGUGUAGAGCUCUACUCUACAUAGAACUUCAAUAGUUCUUGAUCCAAGACUUUUAAAUAGAAAUAAAGAUUAGUGCUAGUUACACAAGGACUGUAACAGAAGUUAUAGACAUGACUCUACAAAAGAAAGGUCAUGGCAUCGUCUUAUCAAAAAGACAUUAAUCUUCUCUUAUUUGACAGACAUGGCAUCGUCUCAUCAAAAAGACAUUAAUCUUCUCUUAAUUGGAAAGACUGGGAACGGGAAAAGUGCUUUAGGAAAUUCUAUUUUAAGAACUGUUCUAUUUGUUUCGACAUCUAGUACCACCUCAGUAACUACCAGCAUUGCUGAAGCACAUACAGACUUCAAUGGGCGCCGUAUCAAUGUUGUGGACGGUCCCGGGGUCGGAGACACGCGUGUUGACAACGAACUUGCCACGGUGUUAGUCUUGGAAGCCAUGAAUGAAGCCAUCAGGUCUAGCCCGAAUGGUUAUAACGCUUUAUUGCUUGUUGUACGCUUUGGUCGAUUUUCUAAUGAAGACAAAGACACAGUGGACUUUCUGAAGAAGUUAUUUGGGGUCGAGUCUGUGAAACAAAACUGUAUUUUGGUUAUAACUCACGGGGAUGACUUUGAAAGUGAAGAAAGCGGUGAAGGGUUUGAAGAAUGGUGUGCUGCACAGCAAGGCGUAUUUCAAGAGUUGUUGCAAGAGUGUCAUCAUCGCGCUGUUCUAUUCAAUAAUAAAACAAAGGACAAAAGCACCCAGGACAGACAGUUGAAAGCAUUGAUCGAAAUGGUGGAUCAGCUUGACAAUGUCUACACAGAUGAACACUUUUCCAAAGCAAUUCCAGGACGAAUCCAUUUAAUGAUAGAAGCAAGGAGACCUAUCAUUUCAUUUGAAACAUCUUUUGAAAUUCAAAAAAUCACUGAGAAGCUUGAGCGCCUUCAUUUCAACGGCAAUCCAGCGAAUAGAACAAAAAAUCUUGAUGAAAUAUUCAUGGAAGCUCUAGAACUCCAAGACUUGCUUGAUGCCCAGGACGCACAGACUGGUUUGUUGGAGAAUGAAAAGACAGAAGUGAAAAUAUUACUAAAUGAGAUAACUUCCAAGUAUACGUUGUAAUAAAAGUAUUUGACACAUUU